AUGUCCGGACACCACUCGCCCAGCUGUCUAGGGGGUAGCACUCUGAUAUCAAGCGGGAGUGCCGGGUUCACCGGAUCAUUGAUUGGCCUCGAUGUUCAAGCCGCUACACCAUCCGUGCUUGCACUCGCUCUUUCCAGCACAAGCGGCACUAGCAACACAGCCGAUGCAAUGCAAGCAGAUCUAGUCGCAUUUGCUAAGGCUACUGAGCGUUUUAUUGGCCUUCUGCAAGAAGCCUAA